UGGCGCGGUCUGUCGUCACUUGUGUGUGUUGCAUAAAAUAUUUCUACUGUUAGUUAGUAUUACUUAAAUUACUAACUUUUUAAGUAUCAAAAUGGACACAGGUAAACUAAUUGAACUGUUGAAAGGUACAAUAGAUCCUGUUCACCGAGAAGAAGCCGAAAAACAGCUGGAUCAGGCCCACAAGAUCAUCGGGUUUUGUUCGUCUCUUCUGCAAGUUGUCAUGAUGAACAAUGUAGACAUACCAAUUAGACAGGCAGGUGUUAUUUAUCUGAAGAAUUUGGUUGCCCAACAUUGGGCCGAUAAGGAACAGGAAGCUGGAAAGCUAAUGGCAUUCAGUCUUCACGAGCAGGACAGGGCCACCAUUAGAGAUGCCAUUGUUGAUGCUGUGGUUCAUGCUCCUGAACUAUUGAGAAUUCAGUUGGCAGUGUGUGUGAACCAUAUUGUGAAACAUGAUUUUCCUCAUCGCUGGACAGGAAUUGUAGAUAAAAUCUCAAUCUAUCUUCAGUCACCUGACACUUCUGGGUGGAUGGGAUCUCUUCUUUGCCUUCACCAACUAGUCAAGAAUUUUGAAUACAAGAAGCCAGAGGAACGGAUCCCACUAAACGAGGCUAUGAACCUGUUGCUUCCCAUGAUGUAUCAAAGAAUAGUACAGCUCCUGCCAGACCAAUCAGAAACAUCGGUUUUGCUGCAGAAACAGUUACUAAAGAUUUUUCAUGCACUUGUCCAGUACUUCCUGCCUCUCGAACUCAUAUCCAAAGAGUCCUUUGCCCAGUGGAUGGAAGUUUUUCGAGCUAUUGUGGACCAACCCGUGCCAGAGGCUACAAAUCAAAUUGAUGAUGAUGAAAAACCAGAUCUGCCAUGGUGGAAGUGUAAAAAGUGGGCUAUGCACAUAUUGUUUAGGGUCUUUGAAAGGUAUGGGAGUCCAGAAACUGUAGCUAAAGAUUACAGAGAGUUUGCAGAUUAUUACUUGAAGGCUUUUUCAGGUGGAAUUAUUGAGGUACUGCUGAAAGUGCUGAACCAAUAUAGAAACAAAAUUUAUGUUUCACCUCGAGUUCUCCAGCUAAUUUUGAACUACUUGAAUCAAGCUGUCACCCAUGCCUUCUCGUGGAAGUUUCUCAAGCCUCAUAUGAUGGGAAUUAUUCAAGAUAUUAUCUUCCAACUGAUGUGCUACACGGAUGAAGAUGAUGAUCUAUGGAAAGCUGACCCUCAGGAGUACAUUCGAAUGAAAUUUGAUGUAUUUGAGGAUUUCGUCUCUCCAGUGAUAGCAGCUCAAACUCUUUUCCACUCUGCUGUCAAAAAACGAAAAGACAUGUUACAGAAAGCCAUGGGAUUUGUUCUGUCUAUUCUCACAAACCCUAAUUCCGGUCCUCGGCAGAAAGAUGGAGCCAUGCACAUGGUUGGGACAGUGGCAGACAUCUUGUUAAAGAAAAAAUUCUAUAAAGAUCAGAUGGAGAACAUGUUAGUGAUGUACGUGUUUCCCGAAUUUUCAAAUCCCCAUGGCUACAUGCGUGCAAGAGCUUGCUGGGUGCUUCACUACUUUAGUGAAAUCAGGUUUAAAAAUGAAGCAAACCUUAUCCAGGCCCUGAACAUGACACAGAAUUCCCUUCUGAAUGACCAGGAACUUCCGGUCAAGGUGGAAGCUUCUAUAGGACUUCAGACAUUAAUCACCAGUCAGGAGAAAGGUCAUGAAUAUGUUCCUAUUAAUCAGGAUUUGGCCCAGACUUUCACUCAAGUUAUAGAGAAUGGUACAGAAGACUCUGAUGAAAGAGCAAUAACAGCUAUGGGUGUGUUGAACACCAUUGACACCAUUCUUUCAGUAAUGGAAGACCAGAAAGAAGUCACUAAACAACUAGAGCCUGUUGUACUACACGUCAUUGGUGUUAUUCUCUCGCAAGGAGUCUUGGAAUUUUACGAAGAAGCCAUGUCACUGGUUUAUAGCCUGACGUGUAACUACGUCUCCUCAGACAUGUGGAAGGUCUUUGAGAUGAUAUACCACACGUUUCAGAAGAACGGAUUUGACUAUUUUACUGACAUGAUGCCGGCAUUACACAACUUUAUUACAGUGGACACUCCUGCAUUCAUUAGUAACCAUAACCACCUUCUUGUAAUAUAUGAUAUGUGCAAAACAGUGUUGACUGGUGAUGCUUGCGAGGAUGCCGAGUGCCAUGCUGCAAAAUUGCUCGAGGUAGUAAUUCUUCAGUGUAAAGGACAAAUUGAUCAGUGUAUUCCUUCGUUUGUGGAACUGGCUGUUAAUAGACUCCUUCGUGAAGUAAAAACAUCAGAACUCAGGACCAUGUGUUUACAGGUGGUGAUAUCAGCUCUAUACUACAACCCUUCUUUACUAAUUGAGACAUUAGAAAAAAUUCAAGUUCCAAACACUACAAGUUCAGUGACUGCACACUUCAUUCAGCAGUGGCUUCAUGACACCCAGUAUUUCAUGGGAUUACAUGAUCGCAAACUGUGUGUCCUUGGACUCUGUACAUUAAUGAAUACAUCCUCGUUACGUCCUCCCAUCGUCAAUCAGUGUGCUAACCAGAUAAUUCCUUCUUUGCUUCAGUUGUUUGAGGGUCUGAAGAAAGCUUAUGCUUAUCGUGCUCAAGAAGAGGAGGAUUCUGAUGAAGAUGAAGAGGAGGAAGAUGAUUAUGAUCCUGAAGCACUAGAGAGUGAUGAAGACGAAAUUGAUGAUGAAGGAACAGAAUACCUUGAAAGACUGGCAAGAAAAGCAAAAGCAAAAUCUCCUUUUAACAUCACAUCUUCAACAAUUGAGGAUGAUGAUGAUGAAGAUGAUGAUGACGAUGAAGAAGGAGAAGAAACAGCUUUAGAAAGUUACACAACUCCUCUUGAUGAUGAGGAUAACCUUGUAGACGAAUACGUAAUCUUUAAAGACGUUAUUUUAAAUAUAAAGCAUGGUGAUCCCCAGUGGUAUGCCACACUGACAGCCAAUCUCACAGCUGAACAACAAAAAGCUGUACAAGAGGUGUUCAUUCUCGCAGAUCAGAGGAGGGCAGCAGCAGAAUCCAAACGAAUUGAAAAGAGUGGAGGUUAUGUCUUUCAGAAUCAGACGGUCCCAACAUCAUUUAAUUUUGGUGGUACACCCCUCUCUUAAACAUCAUUAGAACUUAGUUUAUUAAAGCAAAUCUAGACAACUUUACUCAAACCUUCAAAAGAAAAACUCUUUAUACCUGUACUGUUUCUUUUUGAGCCAGUCAAACCUUGAAAAGAUCUCCUGGUAAUAGUAUAUGGGGAAAAAAACAACAACUAACAAACAUCAUUGGUUUAUUAACGUGUGGAUCAAUAGUACGAUUAUGUUGGUAAAACAUUACUUUUAGUAAUUAUUUUACCUACCUUAGUCUGUUGUUUUUUUAUGUCUUCAAGAUACAUUGUCAUUUCAUAAUGAUUAAUUUUUCAGUAAUAUCUAAUCCAAUUGUUUGUACACUAUUAACUAAGAUUUUUGAGAAUGGGUGGAAUUUAAACUUUUUACCUUAAUGAAUGCUGCAGUUUGUUAUACAAGAGGUUUUUGCGUGUGAUGGGUGUUCUCAUUCUGCAGUAACUAUGUUUUAAUACUCACAAAAAAAGAUGAAAUGCUGUAAAUGAAAGUUUAUCAUCUGGUACUGAAGGUUUAGUCAAAGGCAGCUUCAAAGUAAUAUAGAAAGCAAUGUUAGUGAACUGUGUUUUAAAACUUCUACACCAUGUUUCAAGUUUUUAAAGCUGUUAUAUUUAACAAUUAAGAAAUGAAUUUUACGUUGUUUGAUGAAUAACCUAUUUUAACAGUAAUCUUUAAAACAAUAUUUACUUUGUUAUAUAAUUAAUCCCAUUUGCUGCUUUUUCCACCCCACCUCCAACUCUAGCACCAGCUGUAAGAAACAAAUGUGCUAUGAGAACCUGAAAUUUUAGUUUAUCGUUGGUUUAUAAAGAGAUGAUGAUUUCUUUAAACAUUAGGUCUUAAAUUCCCUGUUUUAUUAACAUUUUACAAAACAAACACUAUAACUGACAAUCAUGUGACUUGCAUGAUGAAAUCUGAUUACAAAUAUUUGUUAAAGAUAUUGUUAUUUACUUAAUUCUUAGGUCAUAAUGGAAUAUUAACAGUUGCAAUGCAAGUUUUGAUAUCCAAAACUCUGGUGAUUCUUUUAGUAUACUUUGUAAUUCAUGUUUGGGGUGUUGUUUACCUGGUGCUAUAAAGGUCAUUGUAACUAAAAGGCUUAGGUGUUAUUUAAAUAAGAUGUAGAAAAUGUGACAAGUUUUUUGGAAAUGGUCUAUCUGUGUUCAGUUUCGGCUUGUUAUGAGCCUAGAUAUCAUAACAUCAUAAGCACCACAGCAGAUGCUGUAAUAGUACAAACAUUACUGGCAAAGCAGAUUAGUGAGUGAUGGCUAGUUAAACAAGGGUUCGGAAGUAUAAAAGAUUGAGGCAGAUCCAAGAACGGUACUAAAAAUUUGACUUUCAAGUAUGAUUUACAUCAUACACUUGUCAAAGUAGGCUAACUUGUUUGUAUUUGGGAUAAUAUAGGAAACUUUGAUAAAUUCUAACAGUUUUGUUUCAUUUUAAUGUUAUGUCUAAAAUACGUGUUUGCUGUACUAGUUAUAGAUACUCUGUAUUUUGUAAGUGCUUUUCUACCAUUCAUUUUUAUUCUCAGCUUUAUACCUUAAGGCGGCUUCAGUAGUUGCAAGAAAUAUCUUUCCUGAAAAACAAGUCAAUAUUUUCAUGUUGGUAAUAACUUUUUUUUCCAUUACAUUAUUUUUGGAGACCUUGUUUAAAACAACAGACUAAUGGUUAGGUAACUGUCUUAAAACAUUUAAGGGUUGAGAUAUCUCAUAAUGUAAGAUUAAUAUGUAUUUAAAGCUACAUUUGUAAAAAAUUAGUGUACUUUUUUUUUAACUGAAAAAUUUCUAAACUUUAAUUGGGAUGCUAGCAUUACCAAAGUUUUCAUGUUUAAAAUACUUGUAUUAUUGGUUGCAAUAAAGUGCCUGCUGGACUUUAAAAUUUCA